GAGGAUGCCUUAGCUCGGGUCGCGCUGGUAGCGGGCUAGGCGAGCUGACGAGCACUUGAGCUGGUGAAUGGACGAGGGGAGGUGCCACCUGCAAAGACACUCCGACGCCUAAGUCAGAAAUCGUGCAAGCAGGGGGAGUGAUGUGGAAAGCGACGUACCUCGGGGGAAGAGCCAAUCUUCCCCUUAUAUACAUGUCAGUAGCGGGCCCCAAGACGAGGACAGGCCCAUAUUUCCGAGGACGUUGUCCUGCAGCCGCGUGUGUGCCGUACAGGACGCGUGUCCGGGUCGGUUGGAGGGCACGUGACCGGGUCGGGUAGAGAUCGGGUCGGACCGACCCGUGCGGUUUUUGGGCCAGGCCGUAACAGUGCCCCCACGCGCCAAUGGUAGUCGUAGGAGCUACCAAUGGCGUGUCGUCUCGCAUUUCGUCUGGUCGGCUGCUCGCGGGAGGGAUGUGCCUCCAACGCGCGUCUCUUGGUUGCUCAAAGCAACCGUUUUCAUCGCUUCGUUUCCUGCGCCGAGCAUUAAAUGCUCAUAAUGGGGUGAAAAACCCCGUUUGAAAAGACCAUUCUGCCCCCAGGUGUUUCGCGCUUUGGAGGUAGUUUUUAAACGAUCGGUUUUGGUAUUUCUACACUUUUCUCACACUCCCUAUUCUUCCUUUCUUCCUCCUUGCUACAAGAUUCCAAGGCGUUGCUGUGGUGCCUCCGUUCGUGUUCCUUGCACUUUCCCAGACUCGCAAUCAUCCUUUUUUCCAUCAACUUAGGUAAUUUUCGAAUCAUUCCUCUUUUUAGGCAUUAUUUUCGGUAUGCUCGUUGCUUGGUUCUUUUGAUGUUACUGCGUAGCCUUAGUUGCGAGUAGACGUGUUAGGGGGGAAAGUACCAUUCUAGGGUAGGCUUUUUUUUCGUUCCUUUAGCCUUUUAGUCUUGUUUGCCUUUAGUCGGGAAGUCGUGGGGGGUGGUGUUUGUUUUCGGCCUGAGCAACCGAUCUCUUAGACUAACUGGAUGGUACCCCCAUGUAGGUAUGGCCCGCACGGUCUCCCGAGCAUCCGUUAACCCUGCGGCUUACGACCAGUAUGCUUGGGUCGUCUCAGAUGUAAGGGAUUCACCCAACCAAAUGAGCGAAGAGGAGCUCACCGAGUUCCGACAAGCCGGGUAUUUGUGUGGCGGGACUGACGAGGAGACCAAUUAUGACGCCUUCGUCCCGGCUGCUCACGAGCGGUUGUAUGAAAUCAACUUCCAACCCCGCCAGGUCGCCGACUGGAUUUGGUUCUACAAGGCCAUGUUCACUCAAGUCGGAGUUCGCAUUCCGUUCUCAGCCUUUCAAAUGGCGCUCUUAAACCGAAUUUCUGUGUCACCGUCGCAGUUGCAUCCGAACAGUUGGGCUUCGAUCCGCUGUUUCGAGAUGGUUUGUGAAUAUCUCGACCUGCCGGUGUCCGUAGAUGUCUUCCUCUUUUUCUUCACCCUCACAAACCCUACCAAGCAGGGGAAACAUAGGAAAGGGUUCAUGUCCUUCCGGGCUGCUCAGGGUCGGAAGAUUUUCGGCUUGUUCGAAGAUUCUUACCAUGGGUUUAAGGACAAGUAUUUUAAGGUCCGUCCGGCCAAAGGUCGCCACCCCUUUUGGUUGUCUCUGGAGGGGGUACGGCUCAUCCCGACUUAUUGGAGCUUCGGGGCAGGAGCCAAUAGUUUUAUUAAGGUAGUUUAUAAAAACAUGUCGGCAGAAGAUCAGCAGAUUGCCGAGGUGCUAAACGCGGUUUUUGGGAAGAACCCAGUAAACCCCCACCUCCUCAUGGGUGAUCGAGAUUCCGGUCGUAAUUAUAUUUUGGAUAUGUCGGCGUCCGUGACGGGUCUUCCCGACUUGUUUCAAACUUUUCUUGGUGGUGGCGACGAUGAGGAGAGUGACGAGCAACCCGCCUCCAAGGGACCUGAUGCUCCGGAGGACAAAGACGUUCCCGAGCAGAAGGCCGCAACCGAUGGGAUCGGUACCUCGACUCAAGGUGCCUCGGUUGAAGGUGGCAAGGCGGUCCGUGUUUCUCCUAUCCGUGAGGUUGUCGGGACUGGGGGUUCAGUGCCCAAUCCGGAUGAUGAGGAGGAGGUGGUGGAGGUCUCUAGCCUGAAGAGAAAGAGAAAGAAGACAUCCACGGCGUCAUCUAGUCCUGAGGGUGUCCUUACCGUCAUGGAAAGGAAUUUCGAUGCCAGCAACUUCAUAGAUACCCAACUCAUUCCUGGCACUGAGGAGUACUUCCAUGAGUCUUCCCUUGCCGGGCAGGCGAGGUGGAUGUACCGAACUCUUCUGCGGGGCGCCGUGAUAGCCCGGAAGGCCGAGUUUGAGCUAUCCGGGAUGGAGUCUCUCCGUCGGAAGUUGGACUCCGCUGGGAAGGCCAACAAUGAUUUGAAAAGUGAAGUGGAAACUCUCCGGGAGCAGUUGACUCAAACUUCUGAGAAGUUGGAUGCCGCCGAGAAGAAAGCUACCUCCGCCGAACAAAAGUUAACAGCUGCCGAGAAGAAACAAAAAGAGUCGGACGCGACGAUUGAACGUCUGGUCGAGCGUGAGAUGGCUCUGGAGAAACAGGUCGGCGAGGCGCAGAAGCGUACGGCCGAAGUCGAGAAGGAGAAGCAGGCCGUGGAGGCCGAACUGGCAACAUGGAAGGCCAAGUACAAAGACGUCGUCAAACAGGGUAAAGGCGCGAUUUUGGGUACCGAGGAAGCCCUGAAGGCUCAAAUUAAAAUUGUUGCCCCUGAGUUCGACACGUCGGCAAUUGGCGUUUUUAAGAUUAUUAAGGAUGGCCAGGUUGUUGAUGUUCCGAAGAAAUGAACUCUUUGUUUCAUCGUUUUUGUUUAGCCGUUUUGUUUUGGCUUGUAGACGGUUGUUUUUAGCCGUUUUGGCUUACGAACAGUUUAAUCUUAGCCGUUUUAAUUUUGGCUUGUGAACAAUGACUCUUUGGCCGCUUGCUCGUGUUGUCGCGAUGACGUUUUUCUUACUUGUCCGAUUGUGUUAUCGUUUUUAGUAACCGUUUUUGGUUUAUAGUUGUUUAUAUCGGCGGCCCGUGGGCUCUCGUGUAGUUGUUCGUUACAACGGUAGUUGAUGACCUCCCGGGGUGAUCAGUCCCGGGUUAGGUGUCGUUGCUAGUCACGACAAGAUGAUUUAUCUGAAAAACGGAGGUAAAAUAGAAUGGAGAAUUUGCACAAGUGUAUCUUAUUCGGUAUCCACAUAAAAGACUUGAAAGUUACUAUGAAAUUCAAAUGGCAAAUUAACUACUUAGCUAGAUUAGCCGGCAGGUCGCUGCGUCCUCUAGGAGUAGAAUCUUCUAAGGUUGUCCGCGUUCCAUGUUCUCGGGACCUCCUUGCCAUCGAGCCUUUCCAACUUAAAGGCCCCUUUUCCCAUCACUUUCUUGAUUCUAUAUGGGCCUUCCCAGUUGGCCGUUAGCUUGCCUUCUCCUGGGGUCGGCAGGCCGAUAUCAUUUCGCCUCAGGACGACGUCGUUUGGCCCGAAUUCCCUCUUGAGCACUUUGGUGUUGUAACGGAGCGCCACUCUUUGUUUUAGCGCCGUUUCUGUCAAGUGGGCCAUUUCUCGGGCUUCCUCUAUCAGGUCCUUUUCUACAGUUUCCUCUACUCCUUUUAAGAGCAAUCGCGGGCUUGGUUCACCGAUCUCCACGGGUAUUACUGCAUCCACCCCGUACGUUAGUCGGAAAGGGGUUUCCUUGGUGGAGGAUUGCUCGGUUGUUCGAUAAGACCAGAGGACCGAUGCCAGCUCGUCGGCCCAAGCACCCUUUUUGUUGUCCAACCUCUUCUUUAGCCCUGAAAGGAUAACCUUGUUGGCGGACUCCACUUGUCCGUUCGUCCGAGGGUGUUCUACCGAAGAGAACCUCUGCCUUAUUCCUAGGCCGUUGAGAAAUUCUGUGAACUUUUUGUCAGCAAAUUGUGUGCCGUUGUCUGAGAUGACGACUUCUGGUAUCCCGAACCGUGUUAUCACCUGCCUCCACAUGAAUUUUCUGCAAUUGGCUGAGGAUAUGCUAGCCAAUGGUUCGGCUUCUAUCCAUUUGGUAUAGUAAUCAAUUGCCACUAUGAGAUAUUUGACCUGCCCAGGGCCGACAGGGAAGGGCCCUAAGAGGUCGAUUCCCCACUGAGCGAAUGGCCGGGAGGUCGUCAGCAAGCUCAACUCGUUUGCCGGUGCCUUGGCAAAGUUGGCGUUCUGUUGGCACUUUAUGCACUUUUUGACAAACUCUUUGGAAUCUGCCAUCAUCGACGGCCAGUAGUACCCAGCUCGGAUCAACUUCCUUGCUAGGGCUUUUCCUCCGAUGUGGUGCCCACAGCAGCCCUCGUGGACUUCCCUGAGGACGUAGUCCGUUUGGUCGGGGUGUAGGCACUUCAGUAGGGGCUGGCUGAGCCCUUUUCUGAACAGCUGUCCUUGGAUGACGGCGUAUUUGGCCGCUUCUCUUCUUAAUUUCACCGCCUCCUUUUCGUCACCAGGGACUUGGCCGUGUUCUAGGUAGUUGGUGAUGGGGUCUAGCCAUGAAGGACUUAGGGUUGUUAUGUGUAGUGCAAUUGCAGGUUCCUUUGUCAUGCCUUGGAUGAGAGACCGGUUUCCCUCCCCUGGCUUCGUGCUGGCUAAUUUUGAUAGGAGGUCUGCUCGUGUGUUCCUUUCUCUGGGUACAUGCUGGACCGUGACCUCGUCGAACUUUUGGCUCAAGCUUUUGACCUUUUCCAAGUACUUCUGUAACAAGGGGUCCUUGGCUUGAUAGCUGCCGUUUACUUGGGAAGUGACGACUUGGGAAUCGUUGCAUACUUCCAGCCUUUUUGCGCCGACCUCUGUUGCUAGGGUCAAGCCUCCUAUGAGGGCUUCGUACUCUGCUUGGUUGUUCGAGAUGGGGAACUCGAAUCUGACCGAUUGUUCGUAUACGACCCCGUUUGGACUUUCUAGGAUGAUCCCGGCUCCUCCGAAGGUCUGGUUGGAGGCUCCGUCCACAUGGAGCUUCCACCGUGUACCCAUGUCCUCGCCUGGGUCUCCUGUUACUUCAACCAAAAAAUCCGCCAUUGCCUGCGCCUUGAUGGCUUGCCGGGGCUCAUACCGUAUGUCAUAUUGAGAGAGUUCGAUGGACCAAGUCAUCAUUCUUCCCGCCAGGUCGGGUUUUUGGAGAACUUGUCGGAUCCCUUCUCGAGGAAGUUAGGAGUGCUAAGGCUAGCUUUUCCAACUUGCUAUAUCUUAACUCUGCUCCUUGUAGGGCCCUGCUUAUGAAGUAGACUGGUUGUUGGGUCCUCCCGUCCUCCCGCACUAGUACUGCGGCCAGGGCUUCGCUUGUUAUAGCGAGGUAUAGGUACAGUGGUUCCCCGUCCCUUGGCUUCCCGAGAACGGGAGGUGCCGCUAGGAUUUCCUUGAAGUGUUGAAAGGCUUCUUCGCACGCGGGUGUCCACUCAAACGCCAUUCCUUUCUUCAUGAGGUUGAAGAAUGGCAGGGCGUUUGUCGCCGAGGCCCCGAGAAACCGGGAAAGUGAUGUCAAUCGCCCUGCCAACCUCUGGACGUCCUUGACACAGCCCGGGCUCUUCAUCUGAAGUAUUGCCUGGCAUUUCUCCGGGUUGGCUUCUACCCCUCUCUGAGUUAUCAUAAAUCCCAGGAACUUGCCGGCUUCCAUGGCGAAGGCGCACUUGAGGGGGUUCAGCCUCAUACCAUGUUGACGGAGGGACGCAAACACACUUGCCAGGUCGUUUAGGAGGUCGUCAGGUCGUGUUGUUUUUGCCAGGAUGUCGUCCACGUAAACUUCGACCGUUUUCCCUAUGAGGUCGUGGAAUAUCCUGUUCAUCAGCCUUUGAUAUGUCGCCCCUGCAUUUUUCAAGCCAAACGGCAUUACCUUGUAGCAGAAAGUUUCUCCUGGCGUUAUGAACGCCGUUUUGUCUUCAUCUGGUCGGUGCAUCGGUAUCUGAUUGUAACCGGAGUAGGCGUCCAUGAAACUCAGAUACCGGUACCCCGCCGCAGCGUCGACGAGUGCAUCUAUAUUGGGGAGGGGGAAGCAAUCUUUGGGGCAUGCUUUGUUAAGGUCAGAGUAGUCCACGCACAUUCUCCAUCUGCCAUUGUGUUUUCUCACCAAUACCACAUUUGAGAGCCAUGUCGAGUAGUCCACUUCUCGUAUGAAGCCUGCUUCUAGGAGGCCGGCCGUUUGCUUGGCUACCUCCUCUGCUCUUUCCGCGACAUCUUUCUCCUCCGUUGAGCCACUGGGCAUGCUUCCGGCUUGACGGCUAGGUGGUGUGAGAUGAUUUGUGGAUCAAUGCCCGGCAUGUCGGCUGGCGUCCAUGCGAACAGGUCUUUGUUGGCCCUUACCAUUUCAAUCAAAGGCUCCUUCAACUCAUGUGGGAGGUUCUUGUUGACGAAUGUGAACUUUUUCCCUUCGUCACCGAUGCUAAAUUUCUCCAGGUCCCCUUCUGGUUCCGGCCUCGGGUUGUCCUCUACUCUGGCAUCGAGGUCGGCUAGGAACACGCCAGAUGCUUCCUUGGACUUCUUUCUGAGGGAAAGGCUGGCGUUGUCACAAGCGACCGCCGUCUCGAGGUCUCCUCUUAUGGUCCCUAUGGAUCCAUCAUCGGUGACAAACUUCAUAACCAGCAGCUUGGUAUUGAUUAUGGCUUCAAAAUCAUUGAUUGUUUUUCUUCCCAAGAUGAUGUUGUAGGCUGUGGAGUCUCGGAGGAUUACGAACUCGGCCAUCGCCGAUCUCCGGCCUUGCACCUGUCCCACCGAGAUUGGUAGGGAAAUGACUCCGUCUGGUUUGAUGAAGUGGUCGCCUAACCCGAUAACCCCGUGCUGGUGUGUCGUCAGGUCGGCAUCCUUCAGCCCCAGUGCGUCGAACACGUUGCGGAACAUGAUGUUUGAAUCAGCUCCUGUGUCGACAAGGAUCCGUUUGACGAGGCCGGUUCCCACUCUGGCCGUUAUGACCAUGGGAGGGUUUUCCGGGGCGUCGCUGAACCAUUGGUCUUCUGGGCCAAAAGAAAUGGACGGGGGUUUUUUGGUACUCUGCAUUGGUGGAGAUGAGAUCGCCAGGACCUUGGCGUCUUUCUUGUGUGCCGAUCGGGAUUUUGGUGCGGCGUUCUUUGCCGUUACCACGUUUAUCACGGUGAGGCCAUGGUCCCCGCCUUCGGGUUCCUGCCGCCGCCUGGUCGAGCGCGUCUUGGCUUCCUCAUCUUGAUCGCGAUAACGCCUUCUCGGCUCCCUGAUGAGAUGGGAGAACGCGGCUAGCUUUCCUUCCCUUAUCGCCUGUUCUAGUGCAUCCUUCAGGUCGAAACAGUCCUGUGUUUGAUGGCCAUACCCCUUGUGGUAAUCACAGUAAAGGUUCUUGUUUCCUCCUGUUCGGUCCUUAAGUGCUCGGGGCUUCGGGAGGAUUCCCUUCUCCGCUAUCUGUUGGUAGACCUCCACGAUGGGGAGAGUGAGAGGGGUGUAAUUAUUGAAUUUCCCGACCCUGGGGAACGGUCGAGGUGCCCUGUUUGACGCCUCUUCCCUAGCUUUUUCCUUUGCUCUCUCUCCGUCGACGGGCUGCCGUGCUUGUCUGUAACCGGACUGCCGUUUAUUUGCAGCCACGACUCGGCUGACUUCCUCGUCGUUUAUAUACUCCUUGGCCACUGUUUGGAUUUCAUGCAUCGUCCAAACUGGUUUCGUGGUGAGGUGUUUUCGGAAGUUCUCGUUGAGGAGGCCGUUCGUUAGGCAAAGACUGGCCACCGAGUCGGUUAAGCCGUCAAUUUCCAAGCAUUCGUCGUUGAACCGAUCCAAGUACUUCCUUGUCGAUUCUCCUUGUCUCUGGGUUAUCCCUAGAAGGUUGAUGGGGUGCUUAGCCUUCGCGAUCCGCGUUGUAAAUUGGGCCAGGAAUGCACGACUGAUGUCUGAAAAACUGUAGAUGGAACUUUGCGGGAGGCCGUUAAACCAUCUGAUCGCUGGCCCUGCUAGUGUUACCGGGAAGGCGCGGCAUCUCACUUCGUCCCCUACUCCCUCUAGAUUCAUCCUGGCCUCAAAGGCCGUGAGGUGUUCCAGAGGGUCUUGAGUUCCGUCGUAUCUCAUGUCCGUUGGUUUGUCGAAGUGUUUCGGCAACCGGACCUCGAGGAUAGAUCGGUGGAAGGGUGUGACGCCCAUUAUCACGGGUUGUCGUGUUCUCCCAGUUCUCCCUUCUCCGUCUUCACGACCUCUUGCUGCUCGGCGGGAUUGCCUGCCACGAGAGUAGAUGACUGUGUCAUUCCGUCUUCUCGGAAUGGGUGACUCCUCCCGCGUGCUCUCUGCUUCCGUCCUGGAUGCGGAUACGCGCCGCGGGCGGCUUUGGUGAGAGUCUUCCUCGUCUUCCCCGGGAGACGGGGUAUAGCUCGGAUCGGUGAACUGUCCAUCUCGCUCCUGGUCGGCCAGCUGUCGUUCCAGGUUCUGGACUCUGUGGCGGAGCUCCUGCAUUAUUAUGGCGCUAUCGCCGCCCGUUCCCCCGAAUGGUCGGGUUCUCGUGUGUCGUUGGGGGGAUCUCCGCCCUCCCCUUUGCGAGGCGACGGAGGCUGCCCCCUCCACUCCGGCUGCUCGAGCUCGGUCGCCGGGACCUGGCGCGACUUCCAUUCAGGCAAAGGGAUCCCCACAGACGGCGCCAAUGUUCGGUAAUCGGGUUCCGGACAGGUCGGGUAUGCAAGUGAAGGGGCGAGGAUGCCUUAGCUCGGGUCGCGCUGGUAGCGGGCUAGGCGAGCUGACGAGCACUUGAGCUGGUGAAUGGACGAGGGGGGGUGCCACCUGCAAAGACACUCCGACGCCUAAGUCAGAAAUCGUGCAAGCAGGGGGAGUGAUGUGGAAAGCGACGUACCUCGGGGGAAGAGCCAAUCUUCCCCUUAUAUACAUGUCAGUAGCGGGCCCCAAGACGAGGACAGGCCCAUAUUUCCGAGGACGUUGUCCUGCAGCCGCGUGUGUGCCGUACAGGACGCGUGUCCGGGUCGGUUGGAGGGCACGUGACCGGGUCGGGUAGAGAUCGGGUCGGACCGACCCGUGCGGUUUUUGGGCCAGGCCGUAACAUUUUAUUUUAUUUUUUUACCAAAGAUAAGAGACUCGAAUCUGCAACUUCUUAAUUCAUCUUUAAAGAAUAUUAAUAUAAUUAAAUUAUAUUUUAUACUUUUCUGUUAACGUAUCAUAACUAAAUGUCACAUGAAUUUUGAAGAUGAGUCCUAAAUAGAAAUAGUUGGUUUGAACUGUGAAGCACGAAGCAGCAGCGUAGGGUGGUGGUGCACGUGAUUGGCUCAUGUGGUUCCUGAAGGGAAUAGCACUUUCACUUUGGCCACCUAAUGGCCGCGUCCACCGCCACCAGCUAACAACCGCGUUCUGCUUUGUGCUUGCUGGCUCCCCCUUACAGCACACAAUGUUGAAUAAAUCAUCUCCUACACUUUCGAAAUCACAGGGUUUAAUCAUUUAUUUUUAUUUAGUUCUAUACUAAAUGGCCAAUUACUUAAAAGGAUUUAAUUAAUUUAGGGUUUUAAGAAUAAAUUUUAAAAAUAAUAAUAAAAUUAUUUAAAUAUAUUUAAUAUACUA